UUGUGUCAGAGUAAAGAUGAAGUUCCUCCUCGUCCUCUUCCUGAUCCCCGCCUGUGUGUGGGCCCAUCACGAGCCGGGCCACCACGACACCACGGGCUAUGUGGUGAAGACCCACGACGACCUGGUCACCUAUCGCCACUUCUGCGCGGAGAAGGUCCACGCCUCCGCCGAGCUGGUGGAGCAGUACAAGAAGUGGCAGUAUCCCGACGAUGCCGUCACCCACUGCUACCUGGAGUGCAUCUUCGAGAAGUUCGGCUUCUACGAACCCGAGCACGGCUUCGAUGUUCACAAGAUUCAUGUGCAGCUCUCGGGCGCGGGCUCGACGGUGGAUCACAACGAUGAGACGCACCAGAAGAUCGUCCACUGCGCGGAGACGCACGCCAAGGAGGCCGAUUCCUGCUCCAGGGCCUACCACGCCGGCAUGUGCUUCAUGAACGCCAAUCUGCGCCUGGUCCAGCACAGUGUCCAGGUCUAGAAAGGCGUCCAGGAGCGGGAAUUGCCCCUCAGCCGGAACCAGAACCAUCCUGAUCGAAUGUCGAAAGUUCAAGUCGAAAAUAAAACAACCUUUUUUCGAAGGCGAUUAUGGUUGCAUUUUA